AUGAUUUUACAAAUGCAUUUGCUCUGGCUGCUGUUCUCUGUGUUUGGAGAAUCCAGCGGGCAGAUUGUUAUCACUCAGACACCUGCUUCUGUGACGAUGCUUCCAGGAGAGACGGUCACCAUUCAGUGCAAGGCUUCCAGCUCCAUGAGUAACGAUAUGCAAUUACAUCUGUUUAAAUCAGGACAAAAUCCCAAACUCCUUAUAUAUAAUGGAGACACUCGUUUCACCGGGGUUCCCAAUCGUUUCAGUGGUCGAUACAGUGGCACUGACUUCACAUUCACCAUUAGUGGGGUGCAGGCUGAUGAUGAAGCAUCAAGGCCAAGAUUUACAACAGAAUCAUUGGGGUAUAUCAAAAAGCUUCCUAUUGGAUAUGGAGACGUCUCAUGUUAUAAACCUCUGCUGCAGUUUAAUAAUAUUGGGCAGUGCCACACAGAAAGCAGCAAGAUGAUUUUACAAAUGUAUUUGAUCUGGCUCCUUUUUUCCAUGUUUGAAGAAUCCAGAGGGCAGAUUGUUAUCACUCAGACACCUGCUUCUGUGACGGUGCUUCCAGGAGAGACCGUCACCAUUCAGUGCAAGGCGUCCAGUUCCAUGAGUAACGAUAUGAACUUAUAUCUGUUUAAAUCGGGACAAAACCCCAAGCUCCUCAUUCGUGAUGUAACCAGCCGGCAAACUGGGGUCCCCGAUCGAUUCAGUGGUAGAUACAGCGGCACUGACUUCACCUUCACCAUUAGUGGUGUGCUGGUGGAAGAUGAAGGAGAAUACUAUUGUGGACAAGACUACAGCACUCCUCUCACAGUGAUACAGUUCAGUGCAAAAACCUGUUCAGAGCCCCAGUAAACACAUGGAGAAGCAGAAGGAAGUGGGGGUGGCUGUUUCUAACCCAGCUGUAAUGUAACAAAAUGAUUGGAAUUAGAUUUUUUGAUUCAUUCACCCUGUUUGGAAAAGAUUUUUUUUUUUGGUGAGAGAACUGGGAGGGACAGAAUCGCUCAGGGCACUGAGAUACACGUGGUGCUUAUUCCAUAUCACACCAUUCCUCACCAGUGAGAACAUUUUGGCCCAAAUUUUCAGUGGUGUUUUUUAAUGCUCAACUUCCAUACUUUUAGGUUUAUUUGUAACCUCACAUUCAUUCCAAAGCUACACCUUAUACCAAUCUCACAA